AACGUGACUCUAAGCCUCUCCCCACCUAACCCACCUGCCCUUUUCUUUGUAAUAAUCGAACUCCCCUCUCGUCCUCUUUCCCGAUUUGUCUUCUUCAUUGCCCCACCAUGGCUUGUGUUAGCUUUGCUAAACUCAACGCGCCGUCAUCGUCUUGGAUCGUUGGCCAGCAGUCUCUCCCUCAACGCUCCGGAUCAUCCGCUCGGCUCGCCACUCGCAGAGUCUCACUCCCGAUCCGUGCUGGCGCUUACACCGACGAACUCAUCAAAACCGCCAAAACUAUUGCUUCACCUGGUCGUGGAAUACUGGCAAUUGAUGAAUCGAAUGCAACAUGUGGGAAGAGAUUAUCUUCUAUUGGCUUAGACAAUACUGAACCCAACCGCCAGGCUUACAGACAGCUUCUGCUCACAACUCCUGGCCUCGGAGAAUAUAUUUCCGGUGCCAUUCUUUUCGAGGAAACACUUUACCAGUCAACUACAGAUGGGAAGAAGUUUGUUGAUGUCUUGCACGACCAGAAAAUCGUACCUGGCAUCAAAGUAGAUAAGGGUUUGGUUCCUCUACCUGGAUCAAACAAUGAAUCUUGGUGCCAAGGCUUGGAUGGAUUGUCAUCAAGAUCUGCCGAGUACUACAAACAAGGUGCUCGGUUUGCCAAGUGGAGAACAGUAGUUAGCAUUCCUUGUGGUCCUUCUGCUCUGGCUGUUAAGGAAGCUGCAUGGGGACUUGCACGUUAUGCUGCCAUUUCUCAGGACAAUGGUCUUGUGCCAAUAGUGGAACCCGAGAUUCUUCUGGAUGGUGACCACCCUAUUGAGAGGACUCUUGAAGUAGCUGAGAAAGUUUGGGCAGAAGUCUUCUACUACUUGGCUGAGAACAAUGUUAUAUUUGAGGGCAUCUUACUCAAGCCCAGUAUGGUAACCCCAGGAGCUGAACACAAGGAGAGGGCUAAUCCUGAGACUAUUGCCAAAUAUACGCUCACAAUGCUGAAAAGGAGAGUUCCACCAGCUGUUCCAGGAAUAAUGUUUUUGUCUGGAGGACAGUCGGAGAUGGAAGCCACAUUGAACUUGCAUGCAAUGAACCAGAGCCCCAACCCAUGGCACGUUUCUUUCUCUUACGCACGUGCAUUGCAGAACACUGUGCUAAAGACAUGGCAAGGACGUCCAGAGAAUGUUGAAGCUGCACAGAAGGCUCUUUUGGUGCGUGCAAAGGCAAACUCUCUGGCUCAACUUGGAAAAUACUCUGCCGAGGGUGAAAGUGAAGAAGCCAAGAAAGGAAUGUUUGUUAAGGGCUAUACCUAUUAAGGCGUAAGACUCUGUAAUUUCUGGUUUUUGGGCAUCUAUGGCUUUUUGUGUGGGGAUUAUUACUUGCUGUUAGAUAAGUCUUUUACAUAUGAUUGUUAUGCCUCCUGAAACUAGGGAGGUUGAAUAAAUUACUUGGGAGAGUAGAAGAAACAAUCCUCGAAUCACUUCCCUUGACGCCUUUUGAACGAAACAGGUUCAUAUUUAAGAUUGUUUAUUUGGCUGGUAGAUCGAUUCCAAUCCAUUUUAGGCUUAGAUGAUUUUGUAUUUCGAUGUGUGUGUGUGUGUUUUUUUUAAAGAUAUUUCAAGUUGGGGUUAUUGCUGUUUUCCAUA